AUGGGGAUUGUGGCUGCUGCCAAUGUGUACAUGAGUCUGGAACACCUGAUCGAUGCUGGCGGAGUUGGAGGAGCACACCCGCCUACGGCUCCAUGCCAUACUCUCGAUGCCGCUGCUGACGGUUACGUCAAGGCUGAGGCGGUAAACACAGCCAUCGUUAAGAGAUUGUCGGAUGCCAUCCGUGAUGCGGACCCUAUUCGUGCUGUGGUUCUCGCGGCUUACGCGAACGCUGGUAUCACGGACUUCAACAAGACUGCCUUCUUUGAGUUCCACGGCACAGCAACGCAAGCCGGUGACGCCGCAGAAAGUGAGGGAGUUGCAUCGGUCUUCUCUGCGACCCGAGCUGCCGAAAGUCUGUUGAACAUAGGAUCUGUAAAGAGCAAUGUCGGUCAUUUGAGCAUGAAAUCUACCCAGAUAAACUAA